AGGACCUCUAGCAACCUACCUGACUCUCUAGCUCACUCAACACUCUAUCUAGCAACUAGCUAGCCAGCCAGCAUAUUCGCGAGCAUUGUCGCCAGUCAGUGCGCCGCGCCGGUGAGUCCCCGGCAGACCUGAAGUCUGAACGAAGAAACGAGGAACAGAAUCAAGUUUUAAGGGAGAGAAUAAAGAGAGUGAAAGAGAAAGGGACUACGGUGGAGAAAGAGAACGAGAUAACGGUUGGGCUUCGCUCACUUGUGUGUAGAGACUGGCGCAGUGUGGCGUCAGUUAUUCGGCUCAACGCUCAACUGCUGGUUGAUGUUGCAAAGCGCGCCGCUCUCUCUAAUUAUCACUCGUGUUUCCAUCCUUUUCGCGGACUUGACAGCCUUUAAGUCACGCGCGGAAUCCUUCCUGAGACAAUUAACGACAAUGAUAUUCCCUGUGAUACCCCAUUCCAUCACGUGAAACUAAUCAUCAGUUCUAAUUGACCUUCGAUAAAGAGUUUUAUAUUGACUGAAUUCGUGUUGGAGCGCAAGCUCCCUUGCAGUGUGAUUUGGAUUAAGUGCCGGAAAAGACGACCCUCAAUAUGGCAAGUCAUAUCCGACAUGCACUAGUAUUAGUGCUCUCUGUUGUUCUGCUAACCGUGACAGCAAAUACCCCUGUUCAUAUAAUGUCCAAGUAUCAGCUGAUCACGUCGACCACCUUAAAUUGGUUACCACACUCACACUACAGAACUUCCCAUGAAAUUGUUAUCGGUGGCUUUGAAGUCGUCAAAGAAGUAUCAGCUUCUACGAAAACGCCGAUAUUCGUCUGCAGAGCGCUGCACAACGGAAUUUGGGUGACUGGAGGUUUGAAAGAAGGCGAAAAACGUUGUUUGGUCACUUCCCUCAGCAUUGUGAGAUCCUACGAGAAGUAUGACCUUCUUGAAAAUACUGAGAGUGCGGCCCGUGUAAGUUGGGUUGACUGGGACAAGUACAAGGAUAUUCCAGUGGGUGCAGUCGCACCUUCUGGCUCUGAAAGUUAUUUCGUCGCACGACACUUGGCUGAAGGAGAGAAUGAAGAUUCUUUAACACAGACACACUAUAUCGGAACCCUCAAUACGAAAGAUGGUCUUGGCAAAAUUACAUACAUUAAAAGCGACGGGACAGAUGGAUCGGCAGAACGUGGCCAAGUCCUCGUGGAAACAGAGCCUAUUCGCUACGAAUUAAAUUCUGUCAAACUAAAUGCCAACAAAAUCCGAGAGAAGAAACGCAUUCCGAAGGUACUGGGAACAGCAACAAUACGAAAUACGGGCUCGGAAGCUGGAACUUUGGCUGAAGUAUUUACGUAUACGUACAAUUACUCCCAGUACUGGGGUCAGGGUCAUGCUAUUCUGAAAGGCCUCAAUACAUCAAUAACACUUCAAAAUAAAACGAAACUGCCUGACAUUGUCUGGGGAAUUUCCGAGCAGAAAAUUCGAGACGAGGCUUACACAGUCAAAUAUCUACUCGAACCUGGAACGGCCGUGAAUGUGACUCUAGUCGCAAAUUACACCGAUAUGGAGACAUCCUACAUGGGUAAUCUGGUAGCCGUUUAUGAAGAUCAGACGACAAAGGAUCGUAGGAUAAGCGGAUUUCGUCAAGAAGAAACUAUGAGAGACGUGAGGCCGGAAUUCAGUCCAGUUUUCUUCCUAUACAACAAUAGUUUAGUUCCUACAACUGUGCCACCACCUACGACAACAACCACAACGACAACGAGAGCUCCAGAGCCUAUUCUGAUAACAAAAGAAAUUCCACUAAUAAAUGAGGAAACAGUGGACGAAAAUAUGAUAACACCACCGAGGAAAUCUGAUGGUUCGAGGAUGCAGAAUGACGAUGGAGGACCUCUUUCGUUGAAAAACAAAAUUGAGGGCGGCAACAAUUCCUCGGGACAGUCCUUUGUUCCGAGUUUGCUAACAAUCACGCUCUCUUUUCUGAUGGCUUUCAUCCGAAUUACGUGAAGAAUCCGUAUCUCGCUUACCAACUAGAAUGCAUAAAUUAUAAUAGUUGCUAGCGUUGUAGAGUAUUGUCGAUGAGAACCCAAAGGAAUCUAUAUAGAAAAUAUUAAUAAUUGUUGCCGUACUAUCCAUCUCUUAACGGGUGCAAUUCAGAUGACAAACUCUUUGGCUAUGUUACUCGGUACCAGAUUGGCCCUGGUACCAACAUAUGCUUGCCUUUCAGAUUAAACAAAACAAAACAAAAAAAACCCUUGAUAUUAAAGAAACAAAAAAAAGUAUAUACGUUGUACACUUGGCGUAGUCAGAUGAAAUAUCUAGAAAUGAUAAUGAGCUAGUCUCACAGAGUAUCAAGUACAAGCGAUCGCAGUAGAGAUGAAAAAAAAGUCCACGAGAUUGUUAACAAUAAGAGAGUAAUCGUUUACAUUCCGUCUUUGCACUACCUACGAUUUGGCUGAUUCCUAUGCCUUCGUCGAUUGUCUUGUAACUUAUAAGUCCUCGCAUCUAGCAAAAAAAAAAAUAUAUUCCUUGAGAACCAAAAUACUUUAAACCUGUAAAAAUGCCUUCCUUGAAGGGAGAAGCCUAAAAGCGCAAGAGCUACAAAACUAUUUGAGGUAUUGCUUUUUUUGACGAGAGAGCAAUGCAUUGUGUUUCGUUGGGCGGAGACGCGCGAACGCCGAAGAAAAUAAAGAAUGAAUCGUCAACUAUUAUAGCUAUGCUAUAUUUUUGAGAUUGCAGUAUAAUUUUAGAAGUUUGUAAGGUUUGUAAGAGUAGCAUGUAAGCUGUAGAGCAGUAGGGCUUGUGAAUUUCUAAAGUACCAGUGUCGACACUAACGAUUUUGAUAGCUCAAAAAGAUUACAUCGAGGCAGUGGUGGAGAUUGAUGCUUUUUUCGGCGUGUUACUUCAGAAAUUGGCGAAAAGCAUGAAUAAAAAAAAAAUAAUACGGUAUGAUAUUUUUGAGAUAUUGUCGAUAACUGAAGGCACUGAUAUGUAUAUACAACAUGACUGAAGAGUCUUGAUAGGUGUAUUAAAAUUGUUGCUGUAUAAUUAUUUAUCGUUUUUUUUUUACACAGAGUGUAAAAUUAAAGUUUGUAAUUCCUAUUAUGUUUUACUCUUACAAAUAUGUAUGGAGUUUUUUUUACUUCCUCGAGAGCAGCAGGAGUUUAUAUUAUUGCGUUAAAAUUAAUUUAUAUUAAGUUUAUCAAGAAGUAAGAUUACAUUCCAUGAUUAGCAAGUUAUCAAGAACGUGAUGCCUUACGAAAAAGACAUUGCUGCUUUAUAUCAACGUUUAGCUUGUGUACAAGUUGAGUUGAUUGAAUUUACGAUAUCUUGUGAGGUGAAGGAUGCCCGACGUAUUAAUAGGAGUAUAAGGUUUCUAAAUAUUUUUCAUAUCAUUUUAGUCAUGCGAAUAAAUUUAUUCGAUCAUGCUUAAGAUAUAAUUCGUUUCUUCGGAUCAAAAAGGACUAAUGACUUUUUCAGUCAUCUGUAGCAAUGAAAAUGUGAAAACUACCUCUGAACAAGAAAAAAUCGCGAAUUCACUUUGCAGCUUUAGCGAAGGAAAUAUUUAUAUUGUUCACAAAAUGUAUCCAAAGCAUCUCUACAACUCUGUAAUAUAAAUACAAGGACAAAAAUAAAUCUUACAAUAGCACACUUUGCUUUUUCAAACAGAAAAAAA